AUGAAUGAUGUUAUCGAUCUCAUACAACCUCCUAUCUUUAAUCCUCACGAGUGGAUUGGGAAGGGAAAGAUAUACGAUAAAAAUACACUUCCGAUGUCAGUACUCAACGCUCGUUCCGAUGCACUCGUUAUUCCAUCCACCCACACCCAACACAUUCCUUCUCAUCACCUUCCUGUUGCCGAUUUUCUGAAGAUAUCCUUGCCUACUCGAUCACCAACUAUUGUCGCUGUGAAGAUCAAGUGUUGGUUCAGUCAUGACCUUCCGGACCGUGACUUCUCUUACCUAAAUACCCGGCCUAUUCCCUCUGCUGAAUUCCUUUCCGCAUGGAGAACGAGCGAGGCGUGGCUUGCGAAAGCAUUGUUGAUGACUGGAGAGGCUCCUGACAUGACGGCGCAUGUCCAAGAUAUGUUCCUUGCCGUGCUGUGGAAUAGUAAAGGUGGUGGAUCCACGUCAACAUUAGAGUUCACGCACCUACUUGGAAUGGGAUGGAUAACGGACGAGCUCAUAGAUUCAAUGAUGGCGCACCUUGCUCACCGUGCCCACGCACAGUCCCAUGGAAGACGAAUUCUAAUCGAAAACUCCCGACUCGCAGAGGUUAUCAAGGGUCUCACAAUUUCCGGCAACAUGCAUCCUCUGCUGUCCAAAUGUCAAGAAAAAAUUAUUACCUUACACUAUGAAUUGCUGUUGUUCCCUGUUCACGUUCACGGUAACCAUUGGGUCGCGGUUGCUGUCGACUUCAACAAAAAAAACAUUGCUAUUGGGGAUUCCUUACGGGGACAAAUACCACCACCUGAUGAAUUCGCGAGGCAGGUGCAGCAAUGGCUUCUGCGUGUAUUCAACGCACAUUUUAGUAUCAACAACGAAGGCCUGACAUGUGCGUCACAAAAUGACACAUAUUCAUGUGGGGUCGUGAGCACCAAUGCAAUUGCACACACUGUAUUUGGAGAUGAGCUCUGGCAACCAAAAGCGAAAUCAGUUGCACGAGCUACCUGGUUUGUGAUCCUUGCAAGAGAUUGGCUGAGUAAUGUGAGGAUGUACUUUGCCAUUUGCUUCAAGUGCCAUACUGAUAUGAUCAUGUUUGCGAAGUGCGAGAUUCGGAAAAGUAUCAAUGGUGGUGAAGUCGAUAAAAAGAAUUCACUAUCCUUCAUUCUCAACAACCCGUCUUCUUGCGCUCCUCCGAUUCUUGCAACAUCGAGCACCAGCACACUAGCCAGUACGAUCGAACCAGUGGUGAAUCAUUCCAGUGUCGACUUGAGCGCAACUACGGGAGACUCGAAGAUAGAGGUUCCAAAGCAGAGCCUGUUGAACUGGUUAAGCCACGUGCCAAAAGUCGGGGGGAAACGCACUCGUUCAAAGACAGAUUUUGUGGGCACCGAAAACAAAGUGGUGGAGGUGGUGAAAAAGGCAAGAUUAGGUGAAGAAAGCUUUGGCCCAGUGGGAAUAAGCCAAUCUGCCACUGCUUCGCGUGGUUUGCGUGCUGCAGCAAGGAGCGGUGAGUUCAAACCAUGUCCGAAGAAGAAGGCCACUUGGAAGAAGAAGAUCCGUGAACUCGAUUCAGAUGCCGUGGCCGAAGACGACUGUCAGACAGUCCGACAUUCAAUAUGUGGGCGCACCAUCAAAGUGAAGGAACCAUAUGAUGUGUCAAGGUUUCGAGAGCAUGCUACGAAAAAGUGUGCUCAUCAAAAGUCAACUCCCGCUGCUGGAAUGCCUACAGUCACUCAGUGGACAGAGAAGUUUGACAUACAGAUGAAAAACAACAACACAUCCAAGACGUCCCUUAACUCCACCUUAUCGACACCCAGUCUUCCUUGUCCUGGCAUUUCAUCACAGGUUGAACCUCUGAUAGAAAAUUAUCUUUAUCGAUCUGCGGUCCCUGGAGGAGGCUCAAAAUCAGUCGUGGAGAUUGCCAAUGAACUGUUUUCGAAGACAUUUGGCAAAUUGUCGAAAAUGCGAAAGCAGAUCGUUAUGGACAAGCAAAGUCAAGGAUGGAAGUGGAAGAAUGACCACCAGCGAAUUCGGGUCUACUCCACACAAUGUGAAAAAGUUGUAAAAACAAUCAAGCGGCCAAUUCCAAAAGACAAAAACUUCAUCCAUAUCAAUCACCGAUUUCGCUCAGCUGCACUCGCCAUGAUAUACGCUCGCACCAUUGGAGUUCGAGAAAUCCUUGAAACAGCUGCAGGAAAAUAUACAGACCUCAAUGUCUUCACUGGCCUCGUCGAAGCCAUGGUGACCAAGCUUGACCGCGAAGAACGUGGUGUCGGCAUGCAAAACUUCAAGUACUCGCCUAGCUGGGACGAAUUUUCCAAUGUCCUCAGGAUACAUAGUCCACAAGCACUUCGGUUUCUAUCCAAACACCUCCCCCUGGUCGCAGACCAUCUCGCAGACUUGAGUUAUCGUGGCCCGACAUCUCUAUGCUGUGACAACACCAAGCUAUAUUCUGCAUGGCGUAUCUUCUGGGAUGCCGAGAAAGAAGCUCACUAUCUCAUUGGGGGGAUUGGUGAACCAUAUCUCGUUGCCAACCUGGAUGCUCUCCGCGAGAUCAUCAAGGAGGCUAAGUUAACUCUUGCAACGAAAAUGCGUCUUUGGUGCUUACAAGUCCCACUCCCUAAGAUUGCUCCAAUCAUCGUGGCUGCGCUCCCUCUCGCUUCCGACCACAACGCUGAAUCUCUCGCAAAAUGGAGUUUAGAGAUCAUUGGUGGCCUUCGGAGGCAUCAAAUCCCCAUUGUCUCGUAUGCGUGUGAUGGCACCGAGGUCGAACGUGCUGUCCAGCGUAUUGUUGUGCGAGAUGCAGAUAGUGUCAUCGUCUACGGGAUCGAGAGUCCAUUUGCUGGCAUGAGCGCAAUAAGGCUGGAGAUUCCUGUACACCAUGGACAGGCCUUGGUUAAUAUCCAAGACCCGAAGCACGGCUUAAAAAUGUUUCACAACAAUCUCUUUUCUGGCGCUCGUCUACUCAUCCUCGGCAACUACACAGCUCUCUUCGCUCACAUACGUGCCAUGGCCUUUGAAGACGGGACACCAUUGUAUCAUUGGGAUGUCGAGAAGCUAGACCGCCAAGACAACAAUGCUGCUGCGAGGCUUUUUUCAUCAGCGACCCUAAAGUUCCUUGUUGAGCACCACCCUGACCAUGUUGGAGAGAUAGUUUUUCUUUUCAUCCAUGGGGAGAUUGUUGACGCCUAUCAGCAUUGGAGCAUCUCUCAUUGCGAGCGAGUCAAAAUGGUGCUUCAAGCACGCUAUUUUUAUGACGGCUGGCGACUUUAUCUGGCCAAAAUCGGCUACAAAGAAAACAAGUACUUCAUGUCACGCGAGUCGACCGACAUUGUCAUGAGGCUCAUUGAUGGUUUAAUUUUGCUCGUCAUCGUCUAUCGUGACUACCUCCCCGAUGACCACCCUCUCCUUCCUUGGCUUCAUACCAGUGAACCCUGCGAGCACUCCUUUGCCAACCUCCGGAACAUCAAGAAGGAUUUUGUCAUGCUCGAUGCCUAUUAUGCCAUUCCGAAGCUUCAUGCCAAGCUGCAAGAAGAAGUCCUACGGCAACGAUCACCCGAUUUCAAGGCUCAUGCUCAAGGUUACACGAUAACUUACUUUUACGAUCACACUGUUGACAUUCCCGAACUGUCACAAUAUCCCUCUGACACAGAUAUACAGGAAGCUUCACAAGAUGCAGCACACGAGGCACAGAGCUUAUUGGCGUUAUGUGGCAUCAGCCCCGGCCUUCUCAUGCAAACACAAUCAAUUGUGUUGCCAAGUAUUGUUCACUUCGACGGCGGAAUGGAUAUUAGCGACUCGGAUAACGGGGGUGAUGAAUCCGAGAAUGAAUCUGUUGUUGACCGCGAUGCAGAUGCCGAGGAGCAAUGCGAAGCUCAGUUACUCAACACACUAAUGAAACUCGCCGAAGACGAUGACAUCUCCCGUACCGAGAAACAACGGAACAAGCUCCUUCAAUUAACAUUCGCUGCAAUUGCCCUAGAUACUGACGAGCAACAGUGCAUACGUAAAUUUGCUGAAGACGAAGACGAAGACGACACCGAGAUUUGUGCGCAUGAAUUCGCUCAAAUCGAGCACUGCUUGUCACUUCCCACUGUGCGCCUUGCCGAUAACUUGAGCAAGCCUAUGGGUCUCGGUACUUUUCCUAUUCAAGCCCUCGAUAUUGAUGCUCUUGUGAGGAUUCGGAGCAAUCACGAGACUGAACAAGUUAAAAAGGGUAUAUGCACGGGUCGUGCCCAACUGAAUGACAUAGCGGGGAACGUGCUAUCAGAAAGGCGGCGUUUGAUACGCGAGUUCCAGGUGGUUCUCAAGGAACAGCAAGGUCGUGCGAUUGGUACCGGUCUAGAACAUGCUGCGCAUUGGACAGAACAAGUUCCACAGGCAGGUAAUUCUGCUAACGCCGCUAAUGCAGCGAAGGCGGUGGUGAAAAGGGCAAUGCUGCGCAGGAAAAGUGUCUUCAAAACGGCAAGACUGCCUCUACUUGCCAUUCUUAACGACGCUCAUAUCACUUUACUUCGCCCACUCAAAGAUGGUGACUUCGGCAUUGUAUUCACGGAGCAAUGGGGACUACGUGUUGGACGCGUCGUUGCAAUAUACUCAAAAGGUGGCGGAAAGAAUGGCAAGCACGGCGCUGUUGAAAGCGUGGAUGCUAUUGCUGCAAUCUCGUACUUGGGGGUUCAGCUCUACCAACAACAUUUCCGCCAGUACUUCCGCUCCCUGCCCGAUGCGACCUCCAUCUUUCAGUGCCGUCAAUUUGUGUUCCUUCCAUCCACUGCCUUUCUUUGCCUUCUCACUUCUGCACCUAAGGUGACACCUUCGGGACUUGAACUUGUACCAGCUGACGUCUCCGCAUUCGAAACACUACAUCACGCAUCUCCUCGACUUACCGAAGCAGCAAAACUUUUCCGCAAGCGAGUAGUAAAUCAGACGGUCUUGCAAGCGGAUCAUGAUGAGGGGGAGGAGGAAUACUAGUAUUUCCGUGUUUCCCUAGCUGCGCUACAUGAUCCUAGCUACUCCAACAUGCAAAAAACGCGUUUUUGAAAAAUUUU